UCUCAAUGAUGGACGUCGCGCCCAUUGGAAAAGCCAUUCAGCAGCCUAAGAAGAGACCGCGACGACGUGGGCCACGGCUGACAGGCGUCAGCAAGCAGCGGCGAGUUGCCAACGCACGAGAGAGACGUCGAGUGGAGAUUCUAAACAUGAACAUCCAGAUAUUGCGACAUAUGAUUCCUCUUCCUCCGCAAGACAAGGAACCUUCCAAGACAGAGGUGAUAUGGUUAGCGGUAGAUUAUAUCACGGAGCUAACCAAAAUGCUUGAUUCCGCUGAUCAAUGGCAGGCUGAGUUGGAAAUGGUCGAUAUUGACUCAAUUGACAGCUUAGACGACAGUCCACUGUUUAAUUUCGAAGAUUGUGCACCAUUGUGCUUUUGAAGACUGCAUGCAGAUACGAAAUUAAGAGUGUUUCGGGGCUAAUUGACUGAUAACGGAAUUAUCUGGACCAAUAAUUCACUUGACUUUAUCAAUAUGGUGCCGAAUACAGUGACAAGCGGUUUUCUUGAAUUAUGCAAGAAUCAAUACAAAUGUGUCAAUGACGUAAUUGCUACAGUCAACAUCGCUGUAUAUAUUUAUAAAAUGCAUUGCUCAGCAUAGUAUCAUUAUUUUUUAUCUAUUUUUUUUUUUGUUGUAAAAUAGCGAUUGCUUGAUAUUUCUUGAUAUUCAAGAGUGGAAAAGAACUCAUAUUGGGUGCAAAGUAUUUGUUCUGAUGUCCCUAGGCACUGAGUUGUUCUUUAAAUAAAAGCAUCGUGAUCUCGUAA